AUGGACGCCGAAACACCCAAUACCACACAGUUUGUGAAGCUCGUGAGUGCCGAGGGGAGUGAAUUCUACAUUGACCGCAAUGUCGCCGUCUCGGCAAGCAAAACUCUGAGAACCAUGCUGGAAGGACAGUUUCGGGAGGCCAAGGAUAAUGUCAUUAGAUUGCCAGAAAUAUCCAACUAUAUUCUAGAACGGAUCCUGCAAUACCUCUAUUAUCAGACAAAGUACUCUAAUUCUACAGGACGUGUACCAGAGUUUCCAAUCGAGCCUGAAAUUGCGCUGGAAUUGCUCAUUGCCUCCAAAUAUCUCGACUGUUAG